UCCCUCCCUCCAACGGUUCUUUCUCCCAUCAUCAACCUUUCUGCAAAUCCAAUCCAAGCACUGAAAACAAGCAAAACCCAUGGAAACCACACCUCAGUCUCAUCGUUCCGAGCCCCGAAGCAGACUAAAAUCGGCUUCAAGACUUUCCAAACUCCGCUGCUCCGACGAUCAUGAGAUACCGCACCUCGAUAUGGCCCCUUCACCUCCACCUUCAGCUUCAUCUCCAAAGCACCAUUAUAGCCUCCCAGUCCGCGAUCUCCUGCUUUUAUCGCCUUCGCUUCUUCGCAAAUCGAGGACUCGAUUGGCGGAGAAGCUUGAAAUUGGCGAAGAUGGGGUGGAGCUGAGUGGGGGCCGCAGGAGAUCCAGGAAUGGGAAUGCCGGCGGAGGAGCUGUAUUGGGGUGUGCUUCUCCGAGGAAUCAUCGGAGGAGAUCGAGACGGCGAUUGGAGCUGGAAAUGAUGAGAGAGGAUAAAGAUUUGGGUGUGGGAGAAGAAAUGAUUAAGAGGAAGAAGAGGCAUAGUGGUAGAUCUAAGAAAGAUAAACUUGGCUUAGUUCCAAUUUCCUCUCCAAAAUCGAGUGAAUGCGAAGGCGAAGGGGUUAAUCUGGAUAGAAUUGGGGAGAUGGUAAAUGAUCUAGUGAUGUGGAGGGAUGUAGCAAGAUCAAGCCUUUGGUUUGGUUUUGGGUCUAUCUGCUUCUUAUCUUCUUGUUUUGCUAGUGGAGUUAGCAUUAGUAUUGUCUCCUUAGUAUCUCAGUUGGGGCUAUUGUUUUUGGUUGUAUCAUUCUUGUCGAAUUCAAUCCGGCCAAGAGGUAAUGUUGAGGUUAAGUGUGAUAUCCAGCUGAAAGAAGAUGACAUUUUGAGAAUGGGAAGAAUGAUACUUCCAACAGCAAAUCUUGCAAUCUUGAAAACAAGAGAGUUGUUCUCAGGAGAGCCAGCCAUGACACUUAAAGUAGUACCAUUCCUGCUUGUUGGAGCUGAGUAUGGCCAUCUGCUUUCUCUAUGGAGGCUAUGUGCAUUUGGGUUCUUUAUGAGCUUCACUGCCCCAAAACUAUAUUCAUCUUACUCUAGUCAGAUAUGUAGAAAAGCAGGUGAAUACUUGAAAUGUAGGGUGAUGGAGAGCUGGGGAGCUUGCUCUCACAAGAAGACCAUAGCAGCAUCAGCACUGACAGCCUUUUGGAAUCUUACCACUGCCAGAACUCGCAUUUUUGCAGCAUUCAUUUGCUUUGUAGUAAUUAGAUACUGUAGACAACGUUCAGAAGCAAAUAUGGAAGAAGAGAUAAAGCUACCAGAAGAUAAAGAUGAACCCGAAGAUGGGAAGGCAUUGAUUGUGUUUGAGUGAAUUCCCUUCUUGUAUGUUGUUGUAACAAUAAAAAAUAAAAAUCCUUUGCGUGA